CCUAAGUUCGCAUGUCAGACAUGACACCUAUUUACUCAUUCUUCGCCAUAUUACCCUUGCUACUGUCUGCAUUCGUACUCUUUUGCCAUCAACGCACCCAUGGCACCUUGAACAUAACUACCGAAAGUGUCGCAUAUGACCGCGCACUCUAUAAUACCACACUUGACUGGAACAAGCACACCUUGAUUGUCGACGGCGAAGAGACGAUGAUAUUAUCUGGAGAGUUUCAUUACUGGCGUGUUCCUGAUAGAUCUCGCUGGGAGCCUAUUUUAAAGCAAUACAAGUCAGCGGGAUUAAACACAAUUCGCAUUUAUUUCCACUGGGGCUACCACUCGCCGGAUGAAAAUAUCUACCGUUUUGACGGCAAUCGAGACAUCGACCAUCUUCUGGGCCUCUGCGAACGUCUUAAACUAUUCGUACUCGCUGCCCCAGGACCUUACAUUUGCGCUGAGACCCAGGCAGGCGGUUAUCCAGCCUGGCUUAUUGCUAAACGGGAACUCAAUAUCCGACACAAUGCCAUGAUGCUCUGGCGCACUUAUGACCCAAUGUUUGCUGCAUACGAAGUCCAGUGGCUUCAGGCUCUUUUACCGAUUAUUGCUCGACAUCAGGUCACCACCAACCCACGUGGAUGUGUACUGGCUGUCCAGAUUGAUAACGAGCUGUUUGAGAAGAUGGCAGGUAUCUUACCAGUCGGUCUCAGAGAUCAGAUGCGUGUUUUGGCCAAAGCUUCCCGUGAUGCCGGAACAACUGUUCCUCUGUUUACCAACGAUGGAUUUGAAGAAGGUGGCUGGGUACCACGUCCCGAGAAUGCUGGCAAAGGCGGGUGGUGGGACUCUAAUCAGUUUGGCAUUGAUCUUUACGGAUUUGAUAAAUAUGUUGUAUUCGCCCCAAGCAGUUCGCCUAAGAGUUGGCUAAUUGAUGGUGACUACAGUUUAUCAGAAUGGGGUACUUGGGACCCCAAGAGUAUCGAACAUUCGAUUGAUAAAUUGGAAAAAACAGUUCGUGGUUUUGGUGGAGGAGCUAAAGAGUCACCAAUGUUCAUUCCAGAGUUACAAGGAGGUUGGUUCAACCAUUACCAACUGAAGCACACAUAUGACCAGAUCUAUGAUUUCUUUGGUGAUCAGUACACCAAAACCCUUUUUGAUUCUACCCUUGCUCAGGGUGUUACCAUGGCCAAUGUCUAUAUGAUAUAUGGAGGUACAAACUGGGGUGCCCUUGGUGACCCAGACGUCUAUACUUCGUACGAUUAUUCGGCUUGUAUUCGCGAAUUCGGCAAGAUGUCUAUGCGCGGGCGCAACCUACGCAAAACUUUGCUGUUCGCACAGUCGUUUGCACCUUAUUUUUCCAAGACUGAGCGUGUCAACCCAUCAGCAUCAAGCUCGGUCGAAAACACCAUUAAUACCCAACGUGUGGCAGUCGGUGCAGAUCAGCCUGUCGAAUUUACAUUCUUCCGUAACUUUGAUCGCAAGCAACGUACCACAUUUGAUGUUACACACAGUUCUCCAAGUGGUGUGUUCACUUUGGAAUGCAAGUUGGCGUACAAAACUUCAUUUAUUGGACUGGGUCAGUAUACGGCUCAAAAUGGGCUCCGGUUGCUAUUGUCUACCCUUCCUAUCCACUUGCGCAUGGUCCACCCAGACACAAACGAAGAAAUCUGGAUUGUGGAGCCUAAUGAAGUUGGAAGUCUUGCAUUUGAAAGCAGCGAAAUCCAAGUCAGUGGAAACAUGCAAAACAAUGUAUUGCAUCGCGAAGGUCCUGCUUCGAUCCUGAGUUUUACCAAACAAACUGGCCACACUACUCUUACCACGCUCAAGGGCCGGCUCCAUCUGAUUGGCUUACUUCCAGAGCAAGUUAGCACUCUCUUUGCAGACUUUGAAGCCGGACACUGGAACCCUGACAAACAGAGAUCAAUGCCUGUGGUUGCUUGGGGUGCCGAUACGUUCUAUUAUAAUCAUCACGAAAAGACACUUGAAGUACAAUACGACCGAUCCCAAGAUACAGUAAAUGUGAUUUCCUUCAAGAAGCCAACCGACAAACGCAUGAGAGCAUUGGUCGCACCCGAUGCCUUGCCCUUUGUACACAGUUUUGUGUUCCAAGAGCACGCACAUGAGCAAUUUCCAUUACCCGUGCUGGUGCUUCUCGAACAGUGGAAGACACGCGCUGUUGACUUUAGAGGGAUGAAGUGGCACGCACUCUUGACCAACAACAACAAGCCAGUCUGGGAUUCUUUGGACUACUUGUACACCAGUGGACACUCAUUGUAUCGCACCAAUUUCAUUACUCCUUCUGCUACUCGACCAAAGGUUACACUUGAGUUCAAUGCUCGCAAUCGAGCCACUGUUCUCGUAAAUGGCCGUAUUGUGGGUGGACACACCACUUAUUCUCGCCAAUUAUUUUCUCCUGGUGCAAAGAUUGGCCCUGAUCCCUGGUUUUUGGGUACACAUACUUACGAUCUAUCCCCUUAUGUCAACCGCCAAGAUAAUCUCGAGAAUGAAGUUAUUGUGCUGGUCGACAGCUUUGGACUCAAUCGACAGGCAUUCAUCAUGAAUGAUGUCCGUAAUCCACGCGGAAUUAUCAAUGCACGUCUCAAUGGUAUCAAUUCUACUGCCGUAUGGGAAAUAACCGGUGUAGAUGUGCGUCUUUUGGACCAGCCCUACAACACUACUGGUUUCCCUGACGAAAACACGGAAGCCGUUUGGUCCUCUACACACACAAAGAUUGUUGCUGCCGACAAGAAAUAUAGCUUCCUAGUCAAGGCGUCAGAUGGUCCCUUUUGGGUCCGAACCAAAUUUGAUCAUGGUCUCAAGAAUGCGGUUGAUUCACUAAGUGUGCCUUUACGUUUACAUCUUGAUGGAACGAUGACUGCCAAUGUAUUUUUGAAUGAUGUGCUGAUCGGACGUUAUUAUGGCAAUGGUGACGGACCUCAACAUGACUUUUAUAUUCCGGAUGGACUGGUGCACAAAGAUGGUAAUGAGCUCAAGAUGCUAAUCUAUAGUUGGGAAGACACAGAAGCACAUGUGUCUAUUGAAGGAUGGCCGGUAGAUCCCGACAGUGGUAAUCUAGUUCAAGAUGGUUCAGUUGAAGAAUAUAUGGUCUGGAAAGACUCGAUUUUGUUGUGAUAUACAUAAUGUAUAUAUACAUUCAAUAAUACUAAUAAUAAUAUCAAAUAAUAUCAAUAAAAAUAAAAUAAAAAUAAAAUUACGGGUUGUACUUUAAUGAUGGGGAAGUACAUAGCCUGUUGUUGCUUCAAAUUU